UUUAGGGCCAAGAUGCAAAAUGACCCUAAAUCUAACAAUUAAGUUAAUAAAUGUCCAUUUUUUAAAAAAAUUAACAAAAUGUCCUUUUAGUUAAAAAUUUGAUGAUAAAAUUACAAUUAUAACCUUGAAUAAUUAAGUGUUUGGUAUAGUUAUUUUGCACAAUAGUAUACUGUUUUUAUGUGCAAUAAUAUAUUAAAAAAAUCUGAAAGGUAGUAUAUAUAUAUUUUGAAAUAACUGAAAGGUAGUAUAUUAGUUUAAGAUUGUAAUAUAUUAUUUUAAUGUGCUAUGGUAUAUAAUGAACGAAAGACGGGAAUUAAAAAAUAUAAAAUAUUAGUUUAAGUUUGAGGUAUAGUUAUAUUUCACUAGGAAAUAUUGUCUUUAUGUUCAUUAGUAUAUAUAUAUAUAUGAUCAUAUGAAUUUGAAUUAAUGAAUUAAUUUAGAAAACCCCUAGUUUCCCAAAUUGUUUUCCACAGUCGCCUCUAAUAAUCACUUAAUGGGUUUCGAUGGCCAUGGCCUCGCGCAUCACCUUGAUUAUCAUCACACAGGAAGAAAAAUGAAUAGAUUUUGGCUGAUUCCAAACGAGAUUGUGGAGAAUAUUUUGUUGAGAGUGGAUGACAUUGAUUCUCUAACAGAUGAUUGUAGGUUCGUUUGUAAAUCUUGGUUUAAUCUUAUUAAUGAUCCUUUAUUCUCAAUCAAACACCACCAAUACCAUAAAAAUGCCAAGAAAAAGAAGAUGGUUUCUUUUCUUUGCUUACAUGGUUUGGGGGAUCGUUACAAUCACUCUGAAACAUUUCUCUCACUAGUUACUGUCUCUGAUGAUUUUCAUUGUCACAUUGAAAAAGUGAAUGUCUUCUUAGAAAUAAGGCAACGCUUACAAAUUUCUCAUUGUAAUGGAAUCAUUCACAUGUUUAGUAAAAACCAUUUAUCAUCUGUCCUCUUUAAUCCAACAAUCCGCGGCUAUAAGUUCGUCCGGGGACCUGACCCUCCUCCCAAUUCCAAUGUGGAUGUGAGGGGGUCUGGAUUUGGGUAUGAUGCCAAAUCUAACAUUUACAAGUUAGUUAAGAUUUUUGGUGAUGUAAAAGCUAUGGUGCACACUCUAGGGACUAGUUCUUCCAGUUGGAGAGAGGUUAAGUUUGAUCAUUUAGAGGGUAAAAUGUUGUUCCCUGGUAUUUAUUGUAAAGGGGCUUACUACUGGCUUUGUAGGAGAAUGAAUGGGGUUAUGAGAAAUAGGUUAAUGAUUCUUUGUUUUGAGAUGUGUGAUGAGAAAUUUGGUGUUGUACCAAUACCAAUUCCAUGUUCCAAUGAAGAAGAGUUUAUAUUGGGAGAAUGGAAUGAAUCUGUUGCUCUGUUAAAUAUUUACCAGAUGUGGGUGAUGGUUGAUGAUGGUAUUCGUAUUAAAUGGAUAUUGUGUCUCAAAUUUGGGCCAUUGCCACCAUUGUAUUUUCCCAUGAAUUUUUGGAAGGAAGAUGAAAUUUUAUUGAAGAGCUAUAGAGAUGAAGAUGGGGUUGUUUCAUAUAAUAUUAGAACUAAACAACUUAGAAGAGUUUAUGUUCCUGGAAGGAUGUUUUACUGCACUCAUGCUAUUCCAUCUCUAAAGACUUUGUUUUCAGUCUAGAAUUGGGAUUUUGGGACUCUUUAUUGUUUUGUAUUAAGAGUUCUUUCUUUUAAGAUUUGUAUUUGUGGAGUUCAACUUGUAAUGUUCGAUUUCAACAUUUUUAUAUCAAUUUGUUUUUUUUUUCUUUUUAUAAUGGUUAACCAACAUGAAACACAUUGCAUUUAUACCAA